CGAAGUCGUGAGUGACGUUGCGUCCCGGAUGAAGCGGAUCCUCGUCGUGUUCCUGUGUUGCUCUUGUUUUCCUGCGUCAGAGUCCGGAUUAGUCCGUCGUACAGAGUCACGAUGAAGUUAACGGCGCUGUUUCUGCUCGUGGCCUGUUUGUGCGGAUCUCACGGUGCACCUGGGAAAGCUGCUGAAGUUGACAGUUCUGGGGCAAAAACAGAAGCCAUUCCUGAAGGCACGCAAAGCCAAGUGGACAAGUCAGCAGUUCCAGUUGUCACAGAGACCCAGGAAGAUGGGGCAAGUUCUGCAGAACCGACAAAAGUUGGUCAGGAAGACAUUCCUAAUAAAGCAGAUCAGCAGACAAAAGCCAAAGAGCUGAAGGGGAAUUUACAAGACCCGGAAAAGACAGAUCAAAAGAUAAGAAAAGAGGAAGAAAACAAGACUCAGGACAAAGAUCAAGAGAAGGGAGACACAAAACAGGACAAAGAUAAAGUAAAAGAAGGGACAGAUGUGGACAAAAAUAAAGCGAAAGAAGACGCGGAUGUGGACAAAGAUAAAGCGAAAGAAGAGACAGAUGUGGACAAAGAUAAAGCGAAAGAAGAGACAGAUUUGGACAAAGAUAAAGCGAAAGAAGAGACGGAUGUGGACAAAGAUAAAGCGAAAGAAGACGCGGAUGUGGACAAAGAUAAAGCGAAAGAAGAGACAGAUGUGGACAAAGAUAAAGCGAAAAGAAGAGACGGAUGUGGACAAAGAUAAAGCGAAAGAACAGAUGGAUGUGGACAAAGAUAAAGCGAAAGAAGAGAAGGAUGUGGACAAAGAUAAAACGAAAGAAGAGACGGAUGUGGACAAAGAUAAAGCGAAAGAACAGACGGAUGUGGACAAAGAUAAAGCGAAAGAACAGACGGAUGUGGACAAAGAUAAAGCGAAAGAAGAGGCGGAUGUGGACAAAGAUAAAGCGAAAGAACAGACGGAUGUGGACAAAGAUAAAGCGAAAGAAGAGACGGAUGUGGACAAAGAUAAAGCGAAAGAACAGACGGAUGUGGACAAAGAUAAAGCGAAAGAACAGACGGAUGUGGACAAAGAUAAAGCGAAAGAAGAGACGGAUGUGGACAAAGAUAAAGCGAAAGAAGAGACGGAUGUGGACAAAGAUAAAGCGAAAGAAGAGACGGAUGUGGACAAAGAUGAGGAGAAGGUUCCAGAGACAGAUCAGGAUGUUGACACUGAGGAUUAUACACAAGACGAGGAUUUAGAUGUUAAUGUCAAAGAAGAUGAUGAGGAUGAAGAAAUGGAACAUCCAAAGAUGGAGAUUCUGUUCAACAGGAAUGCAGACCGGAAUGUGCUGUUUGACCCUCGACUGGAGCAGGAGGAGAGCAGCCACUUCUUUGCCUAUCUCGUCUGUACCGCUGUACUGGUGGCCGUCCUCUACAUUGGAUACCAUAACAAGCGCAAGAUCAUUGCUUAUGUGCUUGAGGGCAGGAGGUCAAGGACCACGCGGAGACCCACAUUAGCAGACUAUCAGAAACUUGAGCAGCAUUGAUGAAGACCAACGAUGAAAAACGGUCUGCGGGAGUCAGCUGUGGCCUUGAACUGCGUAUCAUGAAACCAAGCAAGGUGUUGAUUUGAUAAAAACUGUGACGUUUUCUGAAAUCGUGUUAUCUUUGAUCUAAUACUGUCAGGUUUAGGGCCUUUCAUUGGUGUAAUGGUUUGUGAUCUUAAGUUUGAAAUGUCAACACUAAUGUAUUGGAUGGACAUCUUGGGGAAAAUAUGGUACUUCUUUUUCAAUUUUGCUGUUUUAUUUGUUUCUUUUUUUUCCUUGGUUAAUUUGAAGUGAGCUGUCUUGAGAAAAUAGAUGUAACGUUUAAACUUUGUUCAGUUUUGGCUGCUUUGCUGCAUGUCCAUGCAGGAUUAGUUAUGCCUUACAGAGGCCUGUUAGAUGAUGAUGGACAGCAGGGUGUUCGGACUUGUUUUGGCGUAAAAAAGUAGCUUGGAGGUCUUAUAAUUUCAGGGCUUAAUAAGAUCCUUUCAGCUUAUUCACAAAGCAUAAGCAAAGCACUUCUGAAUGCUGUAGUUUAAUACGUUUUGUGUAAACAGUUCACCUGUGAUAACAUUUAAAAAAAACGGUUUUCACAAAACAUGCAAAUGUAUUUCCAGUUUAAACCAGGAACGCACUGUGCUUUGUGAAGAUGUGGUAAAGGCCUUGUUUUAACUCUUUUAAGUGUGACGUUCCCAAUCCAGUUUAGCCAGUCCACAUUGGUGUUCUUCUCUAGCUAUAAAUACACAAGACUAACAUUUUACAAAUAUUGCACAGUUAGCAGCCAAAAGUGAGAACUGUCCAAAGAGAGGUGAUAUUUUCCAAUUAUAUCAUGGUAUCAGAUGAUAUAUAACUCUUCAUAGAUUACUACUCAGUGCUAAAAGGUGCACAAAAUGGUUUUAGAAUUAUACAGUGUUGAAAAUAUACACCCUUUAGAAACAAAAUCUCCAGGAAAAAACCCACUGUUUUGUUGUCUUGUUUGUCUUUCAGAACAAUUAAGCUUCCAGGCAAUGACUUACAUUAAAGUGUCAACUGUCAGGUCCUCAAUUCCGCAAAUAAAGUGCACAAAGUCGAAUUAAAAACCCCAUUUUGUGGGUAUUAUAUUGCUGUAAUGUGCAUUAUAUAUCAAGUAUUUUGCCAAAAUAAUUCUGUGUAGUGAUGCCAUUGAAGAACCACUCCUCCACAGCCCCACCCUCAAAACACUUUCAGUUCAGUUUCUGCAGUUGAGUUUGUUUUAAAGAACCAGCCACUGAAAUGUUCUUCCAUGGCAUUUAUCCAAAGAACCCAUUUUGGCACCUUUAUUUUUAAUAGAACAGCACCUGCUUCGUUGACACACAUUAAAAAGCUGGAGCAGAGCAAAACCUGGACCAGCUCUUGGUCGCUGGAGAAUGGAUUGGAACCCCUCUGGUUUAGAAGGUGGUAGUGAACCUGCCCUGAGCCUAUUGCACUCUAAGUAAUCUGUGUGUUUGCACUCUGGUUGUACUGCUGUGCAGCUCUGAGGAGCUCAGCCUUCAGCCAUCGCCUCUGUCUCAGGAUGCUGCCGAACAUGCAGAGAUGGAGGCCUCAAAGCCUCGACUCUACUUGCUGUUCUGCCAGCAAAAAUGUGGAUAUUGUAGUUGUUGUCGCUGUCGCACGACAACCUCGCAAGUUUUUAUCUUCAUUUAGGCCGUGUGAAAAUAUUGAGUCAAUAGAAAUUUAGUUUAUUAAGUUUUCUUAAGUUAUAUUAACAGGUGGGUUUUCAUUCUGUUAUAAAGUUACCGUUUCAGAGAUAUGAGGUUUUCUACCACUUUGGGUAGCCAGUGGUUUUUUUAAAUUUAUUGUUUUGAUGAUAAAGAAGCCUCUGUAUGGUGUGUACGAUGGUAUCUGGUUCUGUUGUUGAAGCCAUCAGUAUUUAGUCACAGUGCGGAGGCCUGCUGAGUGUAAGCAGCGUGAAGCUCACUUUAAACACUAGCCAUAUAAAGAAGAAAUGUGUGGGUGAGCCACUGUUUCAGGAGCAGGAUUUUGUGGCCAUUUCGAGAAUGGACCAAUCAGUGCGCCGUCUGGAAAUGCACUCUUUCAGAGCAACUGUUGCCAGGUUGGACAAGCUUCACAGAAAUCCCAUUCAACCUAAUGAGUGAUUGUAUAGUGUACAAUUUUGUAUAGAGUUGCUACAUGUUGUUCAGGUUCCAGUUGAACAUGCUAAGCUACUGAUUUGGACUACAUUGUUGUAGCUAGACAAAGCUAAGUAGGUUGUAAAGAGGAAGGAGAUACAAUAUGCCACCAUGCCAACGUUAUUUAGCUCGAUUACACGUCCGAAAAAUAAACUUGUCCAUAAUUUCUCAUUAAGUUAAAUAGGAUAUUUGCAAAAUUUGCUUUGAAGCAUACAGGCAUAUGCAGAAGUUUGGGCACACCUGGUUGAAUUACAUGUUGAUUUUCUAAGUGAAAAUAAGUGAACACGUCCUCUACAGAGAACAUCUCUGUACGUUUUAAUGCACAAUUAGUUUAUUUCCUGGGCUUUUACAUAUUGGAAAGAAAAUAAAACUUAAAAUCUGGCCUGUGCAAAAGUUUUUUGAUAUUUUUUUCCAAAUAAAUAGAAACUGUGCACUAAAAUUUGCCAAAAUAUGCUCCUGAUAGAGGAGGUGUUCACUUAUUUUCACUUCACAAAGCCUGUAAUUUGACGCCAACAUUUGCAUACGACUGUAGAUGGGUAAUUUCCUUAAAAAAAAAAAAAACGUAGGACGUACAGAGGUAUGGACAGUGUUCUGUGGUCUACAGUUUCUUCUUUUUUCCUUGAUGUCUAUUUCUGAAACUCCAAGAUGUCUGAUGUUUGCAUGAAGGACACAGUUGAGCUCAGUAUUACAAGAUAGUAAGCCUCAUGCUGGAGAUCGACUAGCCUGUGCCAAAACUGAAUAUACUGGCAGAUGUUUCUACAGGUUUUAGAGCAAACACAGUUAGGUGAGCCCAACAGAAUCGCUAGUGCCAUGUGAAAACCUCUUCUCUCCCUGUGCCUGCUUAUUGAUGACCUAUCACUAUUCUCUACCAGGGAUCUUUGAUAUACUGUAUUGCCACUUUUCUAGCACUUUCCAUUGUCUGUUGAGUUUGUGGAAUGAUGGUGAAGACAUGAGCAGUGGCUUUGUGCAACCAUUAUUCGAAUGCUAGAGAAAGAAAAUCUUUCUUUAAUUUAAAAAACUCUGUGUGGACUGACCUUUACCACUAGUGUCACUUUUGCCAAUGCAGAUACUGCUUUUGUAUAAAAUGUGAUUAAAAUG